CAGACGCUCCUUUCUGCUGGCGCAGGCUCUGCUAGGCAGGCGGCUCCUUCCAACAUCGGACGGGCGCGCUCUGGUGCCGCCGGGAGCGCGCGCGCGGCUGGAAGGCCGUUGUUGACUGCGGCCGCUGGUUCUCGUAGAAGCGCAACUGGCCGGAAGCGGCCCGCCCCUCCCCCAGCCGCCGGAGGCGCCGCGAGGGGCUGGAAGGAGCCGGCGCGGGAGCUGGCCUAUCGCCUAGUAAGUGUGUAAUAAGGAAAAAUAAAGAUGGAAGACUGGUGAGUGCAGUUAUGAUGUCAGUAACCUUGGUGCUGCCCAAAUUUCAUCAGCUUCUAAAAUGCAGUAUUUUGGAGAGAUUGGGACACUGCCAGCAAAAUAGCAAGAUGAGUAAUCGUCGAAAGCAUGCGCCUCCAGUGAGGAUGGAUGAGGAGAAAAAGAAGCAACUCUGCUGGAAUAUGCAUGAAGACCGAAGGAAUGAGGUAAUACUAUUGGAUGAUAACAUGGAUGAAGACCACCCUGUUCCAGGUCCAAGCACCUCUUCUGUAUCCUUUGUUGUAGAUGAUGAUAGCAUUGAUGAAGGACUGGCUUACAGAGAAAACAGAGGGUCAAAGCCAGUGGGUUUCUCAACAGAUGACGGAGAAGACUCUUGCUCCAUCUUGACCUCUAUAUCUGUACAGCUAAAUAUUGUUGUCUCACCUUACCAUUCAGAUAAUUCCUGGAAAGCUUUACUUGGAGAAUUUGUUCUUCAGCUUCUUCCUCAGAAAAUUCUUAUUGAGAAGAUCCAUAAAAGGAGUUUUACUUUGAGAGCAGAUUCUGGCGAUCAGCUGCAAAUCUGUGUUCAUGCAAGAAGUGGAGAAAAGGGAGGUGAGGAGGAAAAGGAAAGCGUUGGUGAUUAUGAAGAGGGCAUAUUGGUGGAAUCAUCCCUCAAUAGUGAAAUGUUAGAAGACUUGAGAUGGUUGCAAAAGAAGAAGGUAAUUGGACUUUAUCAAAGACCUAGAGAAGAUCAAGUAUUAAAGGUUGGAAUUUACCUUCUGGAAGCUGGUUUAAGCAAAUCAGAAUUUCUCAGUGAUGGAGGUGGGAGAAUAAAAAAGGCCAACCAGCUGAUUCAGAAACUAAUGGAAAAGUACUACAACUUUAUAAUUCCAGAUGCUUGGCAAAGCUAUGAGCAUCGGCAGAGGCAUUGGAAGUCUCUGUCUGCAGACUUGGGAGAAAAGCAUUUAAUAAAUGUGUUGGAGGAGGAUGAGGAAGAAUCUGACAGAGAGCUGGAACGACAGAAUAUUGAAGAGCUAUAUGACUUUGUGAGGCACACACAUCAGCAGGAAAUCCAGUUUUUGAGGGAGGACGUACAGCAUUCUGCAUUGAUUCCAGUUCUAAGGCCAUACCAAAGUGAGGCUGUGAACUGGAUGUUGCAACGGGAAAAUUUCAGAAACAACCCUAUCAAUGAAAACACACUACACUUUCUAUGGCGAGAGGUCAUCACUCCAGAUGGAGUAAAACUCUACUAUAAUCCAUUUACUGGCUGUAUUAUCCGUGAACACCCAGUUGCAGGUCCUCCAUGGCCUGGAGGAAUCCUGGCAGAUGAGAUGGGUCUUGGAAAGACAGUAGAGGUACUGGCUCUUAUUCUGACACACACCCGACGAGAUGUUAAACAAGAUGUUCUGACACUACCUGAGGGUAAAUUGGUGAACUUCUUCGUUCCACCCCAGCCUACUGAAGGAAACAAAAAGAAAAAAACUAAGAAAGUGGAGCUUAAGUCAAAGGAGAAAGUACAGUAUCCCAGCUUACGGGUGAUGAUAUUAGCAGCUGUCAAGGAAAUGAAUGUGAAGAAGGGAGCUUCCAUCACUGCAAUAUUUAAGUAUGUCAGUGCCAUAUAUAGAUAUGACAUACAGAGAAACCGGCGUCUUCUCAAAAGAACUUUGGAAAAACUAAUUGCGGAGCAAGUAGUAGAACAGGUUAAGGGUCAUGGUCUGGCUGGAUCUUUCAAGUUGGGGAAGAAUUACAAAGAACAAAAGAGGCUUGAGAGAACCAAAAAACAGACAACAAGGAGUCCUGGAAGGAUUCAGAAGACAUCUUUGCCUAAUGCUAAAACUCAAACCAAAGAAUCAGCAAGUAGGGUCACAUCUUCAGAAAAAGUCAAACCACCCUGGCUAGUGGACAUUCCUGCAGAAGAGCAUGACUACUGUACAGCUAGCAAAAAUAACAAGAAGUCUGAGACAGGCCAAAAGACUUGCAUAAAAGAAGAAAAUCUUCAGCCAAGAGUUAUGGACUUGGAGUCUGCUGAUUUGCAAGGCAGCCUCAUGUCCAGUGAUUCCACCAGUCCAGUCCUCAGUGCAUGUAAAAAUACAGAUGACAUGGAAGUCCUAAAGGACCAGUCCUCAGACUCCCAAGAACACGCUGGCAGUGUCAUACAGCAUGCCAGUUCCAUUUUUCCAUUCAACACCUCUGACUAUCGUUUUGAAUGCAUUUGUGGUGAGCUUGGCUUGGUUGACUAUAAGGCCCGUGUGCAGUGCCUGAAGUGCCACCUAUGGCAGCAUGCUGAAUGUGUAAACUACAAAGAGGAAAACUUGAAGAUUAAGCCCUUUUAUUGUCCCCAUUGCCUAGUAGCAAUGAAACCAGUUUCUACAGGAGCCACUCUGAUAAUCUCUCCAAGUUCCAUCUGCCAUCAGUGGGUGGAUGAGAUCAACAGGCAUGUGAGAUCAUCUUCCCUUCGAGUCCUGGUGUAUCAAGGUGUGAAGAAACAUGGCUUCUUGCAGCCUCACAUGUUAGCAGAGCAGGAGGUAGUCAUCACCACUUAUGAUGUCCUUCGCACUGAGCUGAACUACGUGGACAUCCCUCAUAGUAACAGUGAAGAUGGGCGACGUUUCAGGAACCAGAAGCGGUAUAUGGCCAUCCCAAGUCCCUUAGUAGCAGUAGAGUGGUGGAGGAUCUGCCUAGAUGAAGCACAGAUGGUUGAAUGCACCACUGCAAAGGCUGCAGAAAUGGCACUCCGUUUGAGUGGAAUCAAUCGCUGGUGUGUCAGUGGCACUCCUGUACAGCGAGGAUUAGAAGAUCUGUAUGGCUUAGUGCUUUUUCUUGGAGUUGAUCCUUACUGGGUCAAACAUUGGUGGGAUCAGCUUCUGUAUCGACCUUACUGUAGGAAAAAUCCUCAGCCUCUCUACAACCUAAUUGCAAACAUAAUGUGGAGAUCAGCAAAGAAGGACGUGAUUGAUCAAAUUCAGAUUCCUCCACAGACAGAAGAUGUACACUGGCUUCACUUUUCUCCUGUGGAGAGACACUUUUAUCAUCGUCAGCAUGAAGUGUGCUGCCAAGAUGCACUAGCAAAACUCAGGAAGAUUUCUGAUUGGACUCUUAAACUUAGCAGCUUGGACAGGAGGACAGUCACUACUAUUCUGUACCCUUUGCUGCGGCUGAGGCAGGCCUGCUGUCAUCCACAAGCUGUUCGUGGGGAAUUCUUGCCAUUGCAGAAAAGCACCAUGACCAUGGAGGAGCUUCUAACUUCACUGCAGAAGAAAUGUCGAACCGAAUGUGAGGAAGCCCAUCGGCAACUGGUGUGUGCUCUCAAUGGUUUAGCUGGUAUCCAUAUCAUUAAAGAUGAAUAUGCUUUGGCAGCAGACCUGUACAGAGAGGUGUUGCGUUCCUCUGAAGAGCACAAAGAAAAGCUCAAAACAGAUUCGCUGCAAAGACUUCAUUCUACACACAACCUGAUGGAACUACUGGCAGCAAAGCAUCCAGGGAUACCACCAACCUUGCGUGAUGGCAGACUUGAGGAAGAGGCUGAACAACUUCGACAACAUUAUAUGAGUAAAUCCAAUGCAGAAGUUUCAGAAGCUCAUCAGGCCUUGCAGCCAGUGCAACAGACCAUUCGUGAGCUCCAGAGAAAGAUACAUUCUGGGUCUCCUUGGUGGUUGGAUGUGAUCCAGACAGCAAUACAAUAUGCCAUUGAUGAGGAGCUUGUUCAGCGUGUGCAAAAUGAGAUAACCAGUAACUACAAACAGCAAACUAAUAAACUCUCCAUGGCAGACAAGUUCCGUGACUGUAGAGGCCUUCAGUAUCUGCUCACAACCCAAAUGGAAGAGGUGAAGAAGUUCCAGAAGCUUGUAAAAGAAGCUGUGAAAAAUCUAGAAGGUCCUCCCUCUAAGAAGGUUAUUGAAGCUGCCACUAUCUGCCAUCUGCGACCCGUUAGACUUCCUUUGAACAAUUGUGUCUUCUGUAAGGCUGAUGAGCUGUUCACAGAAUAUGAGUCAAAGCUGUUCUCUCAUACUGUGAAUGGCCAGAUGGCUAUCUUCGAAGAGAUGAUAGAAGAUGAAGACGGGCUGGUUGAUGACCGUUUGCCCACCACAAGUCGAGGACUGUGGGCCACAAGUGAGACAGAGCGCUCCCUAAAAGCCAUACUGUCUUUUGCCAAAGCUCACCGAAUGGAUGUUAGACUAAUUGAAGAAGGGAAUAUAUUUCUGGAACUCUUUGAAGCAUGGAAGAAGGAGUACAAGCUACUUCAUGAAUAUUGGAUGGUACUGAGGGAUCAUGUGUCUGCUAUCGAUGAACUUGCUAUGGCUACAGAACGGCUGCGAGUGCGUCAUCCUGAUGAGCCAAAGCCUAGCCCCCCUGUUCUUCACAUCAUAGAACCACAUGAGGUAGAACAAAAUCGAGUGAAACUUUUGAAUGACAAGGCGGUUGCCAAAUCACAGCUUCAGAAGAAACUAGGCCAGCUCCUAUAUCUUACUAAUUUGGAGAAGUCUCAGGAUAAAACCACUGGAGGAGUUAAUCCAGAACCUUGCCCAAUUUGUGCCCGCCAACUGGGAAAACAGUGGGCAGUUCUGACAUGUGGACAUUGCUUCUGUAAUGAGUGUGUAGCUAUUAUUAUAGAGCAAUACAGUGUUGGCACCCGCAGAAGUUCGAUUAAAUGUGCCAUCUGCAGGCAGACAACUUCUCAUAAAGAAAUAUCCUAUGUCUUCACUGCAGAGAUUGCAAACCAGGAGGAUGAUAUUCCUGUGAAGGGAAGUCACUCCACCAAAGUGGAAGCUGUGGUUCGGACUCUGAAGAAAAUCCAGUUUAAAGAUCCAGGGGCUAAAUCUUUAGUUUUUUCAACGUGGCAAGAUGUUUUGGACAUAAUUUCAAAAGCUCUAUAUGAUAACAACAUGGUGUUUGCUCAGAUUAACGGAAUUAGUAAAUUUCAGGAGAACCUCUCGGCAUUUAAAUAUGAUCCAAAGAUCAAUAUUUUGUUGCUACCCCUUCAUACUGGUUCCAAUGGAUUAAACAUAAUUGAGGCAACUCAUGUUCUGCUAGUGGAGCCCAUUUUGAAUCCUGCACAUGAACUUCAGGCCAUUGGCAGAGUGCAUCGUAUUGGGCAAACAAAGCCCACCAUUGUUCACAGGUUCCUGAUAAAAGCAACAAUAGAAGAAAGAAUGCAGAUGAUGCUGAAAACUGUAGAGAGAAGCCACACCAGCUCUUCCAUGAAACAGUCAGAAGCCUCAGUGUUGACAGUGGCUGAUCUGGCAGACCUUUUCACAGAAGAAACUGAAGAACUUGAGUGAAACAACUUUUGAUUUGACUCAGUGAAAUCAGAAGGGACAUGUCUUAGUAAUAGCAUCUGCAUUAAAUCAGUUGACCUGUCAUAAAUUCCUGUAGAUGUCGAACACCCUUCUUCUGUUAGGAUUGCUAGAAUUAGUAAGGUUUUUAAUCAUUUUCAUUCGAUUCUGUGGCUAUGUCCUUUUCAGCACAUGUUUUCUGAUAGCACUGGAGAGCUAUUGCACUUUGCACACUAUACAAAACAAUGGAUCUUAUUUCCAAAGAACAUUUGAGCUGGACUUUUGAGGGUAAAAUCUUGGCUCCAGUGAAGUUAACGGAAGUUUUGCCAUCGUCUUCAGUGGGGCCAGGAUUUCACUCAGAGUAAAGCUUUGCUUUGGGGGAAGGGAAAGUUAAGUCACAGAAACUGAACAGAGUAUUUUGCUUCUCGAGUUUUUUACUCUCCAAAGCAUUAUUGAGAAUGAAUACCCUCAUAGAAAGGGCUCUAGAGUUCUCAGCAUAUAACUCUCAAGGAUUGCACCUCUUAUUCAUGACACUUAAAAUAAACUACUAACUAGUUAGGUAUUCGUAAUGCCCUUUUUAGGUAUUCAUGAAGAUUAUGUAACACCAUAGAAUUUUCAUUGCAAGUUAGAUUUCGUGUUCACUUACUGCAGUGUUAUCUUGAUAAAUUAUGCCUUUUAUAUGUAUAUUGGUCUUAAAAUAACAGUAAAAAACUGAAUCAGUUGUACACAUUUUUAAAAAUUCUUAAAGCCAUGACUACUUUACUGCUUUGCUGUAAGUAUUUGGGUUCCCUUGUUAUAGAAUUUACAAAAAAAUUAAGCUACGCAUCAUUUUAUACUCAUUUGGUGUCUCUGUGCUUUUCUUCUCUUUCCCCAUUCACUUCUUUUCAGAAACUAUGGGCUUGUCUGCACAGUGCACCAGAAGGGUGUGAUUUGUAAAGCACACUAACAUUGUUGUGCUCUAACUGCACCGGGGCAAGCCCUGCUUGCAUUGUCUAAAAGGUACCCCGUCUUGUGGACUACAUUAAUGUGAACUUUUAGAGCACACCUGCAGGAUCUGCAUGGGGCAGUUCACAUCUUAUACUUUCCAACCCUAUCCGUAUGCCCUUCGGAACAUCUCGCACCAAGUUAACACUCCCUAUGUCUGCAUUAUUUCUUCCAGGAUCGUUGUUUUGUCUGCAGAUGUACAAAAAAUUUUCUUAUUUGGGCUUUUGCUCCAUACGGCUGCUUUUUAGAGCAAGUACACUGUUGUUAUUUUCUCCAAUACAUAUGUUGUGAUAAACUAGAGGAGAAAAGUUUUGGAUGGACUGAACAGUGUGAUAAAGUUUGAGCUCAAAAUUUACAUUCCCUUAAAUUGUGCUAAGGACGUGAACAGAAGAGUCUGAAAAGUAUGAUUAACUAGAAGAUUCUGACUAUUUCUGAAUUUUAAUCAGAAUGCUUAUUGCUUGAAAUACAAGUGUUACAAGAGCUUCUUUAGUUUUAUACAUGCUGACACACUGCUCUGCAAAGCAUCUGUGUCAGUACACUGUGUUUUUCUUCCUUUUUUGGUUGUCUGGGACAUGUAAGAUGUUUACAAGAAUAGCCCUCAUUUAUGGUACAUGACCAUGGGAAUCCCACGCUGGGAAAAAGGAGGCUAAAAAAAUCACUCCUCACCCACCCGCCCCUUGCUUGCUUAAUCUCUUACAAAGAAUGAGUGUAUUUGGUCAAAGGCAUUAGGGCAGAUGAGUCACAAUCUAUUAAAUAGCUACUGUAAAACUAGCUUAUUGGAACUAAAGAGUGUAGAUGAGUGGAAACAUUUUUUAAAGAAAAGUUUAACCCAUUGUUACCCCACUGUAAGUUUUUUGUGACUAUAAGGUCUCUUCUUUGUCUCUUUGUUUACUGCAGAAGUAAAUUUUGGAUUUCAAUCAAAGCACUUUGUAUUUCCAGCUUGUUACGUAGCAUCAACAAUAUCGUCUGAAGACAUGGAGAGGCAGCUGCAUUAUUAAGUAAUCAUUUAGACUCACAGGUUUGCUCACAUCCCAGUCUCUGAUUUAUAUUUUGAUAAAACCCAAGCACUACAUAACUGCUAGUUCCAGUGUUUUCCCCCUUCUCAUUGGAGGGAGGGGAAAAAGCAUAGGUACCCAUAAUGCAUUGCAACAAAACAGCUUGCAAGUGUUGUUACUCUAUAUACAAGACUGUGAAGAGGGUUUCCGUUGGAUUUAACACACUCAGAGGUAGUUAAGGAAUAAAGAACAAACUUACUUCCCUAGCCUUCUGUGGGUAAAUGAAACUAUCUAGAGUGCUACAGAUUAAAAUGUAGCUCUGGUCAGAAAAAUGGCCUCUAACAAUAGCAUUUUGUCUCCACAACUCCAUUUCCAGUUUGUUCAGCUUACGUACAAGUUUUUUCCAACUGCCAACACCACAUUUAAAGGGACACUCAACCCAUGUCAGCUGAAAAUGACCUAUUUUGAAAUGUUUGUUCUAGGGUGGAAUUUCCUUUGCAUGAAGUUGUACUUCAGAAUUUUCUAUAUUCAUGCUAAAUGCAUCUCCUGUAAGUUAGGUCUGCUAAGUGAGGGCCCCAAUUGGGUUUAUCAAGUCUCUUGCUGUUUUUCUUCCUCAUUAUAGUGGGGGAGGAGGAGUUCUGCUUAUGGUAUCAUGUUCUUCGUUACUUCAGCUUGCACAUGGAGAGGACCAAGGACAUCAGCUUUUAGACCCACGUGGAAACAAUAGGUUUCACAGAAACUAUUUCUAUACUCACACAAUGGGACCUUAUUGUCAGCUUGGGAGUGGAUAUUGGAAUUCUCACAAAGUAUCCUGACCUCGUUGUCCAAUCACCAUCUCAUCCCUGUGAAACUGUCCUACCUUCAUUCCACUAAGGAAAUGAACCACCAAAGUCUGUCUGCCCACAAAAGCUUUUGAAGCUUAAGUUUCCAGCAUGCCUUAGGAAGACAAUCAUCCACCUACACAGCUAAAGGACUGAUGAGCUACGAAGACAGUACAACUGCUUGUCUCUUGGCCUUCUCUUUACAACAAACAGAUCACCAUAGUUCAUCAACUAACUUUGUUAGGUAAAGGCCUAGAGGCAGAUGAUUACGAUGAAGAUGGUAUUCGUAACACAAAGACCUUCUCUGGUAUGCUAUCUAGUAAAAGAAGCAAAGAAAAGCUACUUUAAUCAAGACCAGAGUGCUUUACCUGCUAUCCCUUCCUUCUAGAAUUUGAUCCCAUCACACUCAAAGCUUGAGGUCCUGACAAACAAACUCCAGUGUGAAACAGGUCCUACACCACCUAAGAACUGUGCCCACUGCUACUAGAAAUUAUCAGCAUUUCUUUCAGAGAAGUAAACCUACCACCAUCCUCUGAGAAAUGCAAUAAUCUGUUUAAUCCUCUUCACCUCUUACCCUGUCUCCCCAUUUCUAGGUAAAAUCAUUAAGGGAAGAAGGGGGAAGGAAUACAAUCUAAAAUCGGGAAAGAACAGGUUAAAGAAUAUUUAGAUAAGUUAGAUGUAUUCAAUUCAGCAGGGCCUGAUGAAAUUCAUUGUAGGCUAUUUAAAGAACUAGCUUAUCAUGACAAACCAACCUAAUUUCCUUCUUUGACAGGAUUACUGGCCUAGUACCUAGGUGGGAAGCAGUAAACCUGAUAUAUCCUGAUUUUUAGUUAGGCUUUUGACCCAGUCCCGUGUGACAUUCUCAUAAGCAAAUCAUGGAAGUGGGGUUUAGAUGAAGUUACUGUAAGGUGUAUACACAACAGGUUAAAAGAUUAUACUCAAAAAGUAAUUAUCAAUGGUUCACUGUCAGACUGGGAAGGUGUAUCUGGUGGGGCCAACGGCAGUUGGUCCUGGGUCUGGUACUAUUCAGUAUUUUCAUUAAUGAUUUGGAUAAUGGAAUGGAGAGUAUGUCUGUAAAAUUUGCAGACGACAUUAAGCUGGAAGAUGAUGCAAGCACUUUGGAGGACAGGAUUCAAAUUCAAAAUGACCUUGAAAAUUUGGGCGAAUUGGUCUGAAAUCAACAAGAUUAAAUUCAAUAAAGAUAAGUGCAAAGUACUUCUCUUGGGAAGGAAAAAUCAGAUGCAUAACUACGCAAAGGUAGUACUGCUGAAAAGGGGAUUAUAGUAGAUCACAAAUUGAAUGAGUCCACAAUGUGAUGCAGAUGUGAAAAAGGGUAAUAUUCUGGGGUUCAGUACCAGGAGUGUUGUAUUGAAGAUACAGAAGGCAAUUUGUCCUGCUCUGUUUGGCACUGGUGAGGUCUCAGAUGUAGUACAGUGUCCAGUUCUGGGUGCCACACUUUAGGAAAGAUGUGGACAAAGUAUAGUCCAAAGGAGAGCAUCAACAUGAUAAAAGGUUUAGAAAACCUGACCUAUGAGGAAAAAUUUUAAAAAAUGGGGCAGGUUUAGUCUUGAGAAAAGAUGACUAAGGGGAAAUCAACAUUUUGUUCAAAUAUGCUAAGGACUGCUCUAAAGAGGAUUGUGGUCAGUUGUUUUCUGGGUCCAUUGAAGGUAGGACAAGAAAUAAUGCACUUUAUCUGUAGCAAGGGAGGUUUAGCUUACAUAUUAGGAAACAUUUUCUUACUAGAAGAGUAGUUAAGCUCUAGAAUAAGCUUCCAAGGGAGGUUGUGGAAUCCCUCUUGUUGGAGGUUUUUAAUAGCAGAUGGACAAACAUCUGUAGGAGUGGUAUCAUAGGCACCAGCUCCAUAGGUGCUCUGGGGCUGGAGCACUCAUGGGGAAAAAUUAGCAGGUGCUCUGCACUCCCCAGCAGCCAAGCUCCCUCUCCUUGCUGCCUCCUCCCGCACUGCGUCCUGCUCCUCCCCUCCCUCCCAGUGCUUCAUGCCCACCCCCUAACAGCUGUUUGGUUGUACUUAGGACUUGCCAGGAGGGAGGGGGAGGAGGCAGAGAAGAGGUAGGGACUGGGACCUGGGGGAAGAGAGUGGAAUGGGGGUGGGGGGCUGUGGUGGGAAAAGGCAGGGUGGGGCAGUACAGAAGCGGGAAGGGACAGGAGUGGGGCUGGGCUGGGUAGAGCACCCAUCAGGCAGAGGGGAAGUCGGCGCCUAUGCGUGGUCUAGGUUUAUUUGGUCUUAAGGACCUCUCGCGGUCUCUUGCAGCCCCACAUUUCUGUGUUUAAGUUGUGACCACAAAGGUCUAGCAAUGUGUGACAUCUGCCACUAUAUUGGAUGCUUCAAAAAAGUAGAGGAAUGGACUUGGCCCCAUCAAGCAGCUUAAAUGAAGUUUCUGUUUUUAAAAAGAGAUAAGAACAAACAUUUCCAUCAAAAUUAAAUUUUCCUUAGUCACUUGAGACAUCGUUAUAGUUUAUUUUAUUUAGGUAUUCAAGUGCUAGACACUUAAAAAUACCAAGAUACAUACAUUCCCUCCCCCACCACUUUAACCCUGAGCCCUUCCUGUAUAGUUCACCUUGCACAAGCAUAUACAUAUUAACGCAUACAACUGUGUAUAACUGAUUGACAUGUCCCUUUCCCACAUCUUGCAUAAUAUUAUCUUAAUAAUUACAAUGACUGAUACUGUGCCAUUGCUGUGUAAGGUGUUUGGGCACACACAAGACAAGUUUGUAACCAAAAGAAGCUGCAGCUGAGGAAAGAGGGGGAAAGGAUGCAACAUAAAGGCAACUAGGCUGACAUCUUUCUUGCUCCUUCUUUGGUUGUGGGGUUUUGUUUGUACCGCCUGUUAAAUUGUGUUGGGAGCUAAAUUAGUAUUUUCAGUCCAGACGUGAGUACAGUGGACAAAUAGUGAUAUAUAGAUCUAAUGAAUCUGAUGUGUGAGACAAAGGGGAUUGUACUUAAAUCCAGCAGUAGCUUGGAUUUGAUGGAGACAACACUGAACUGGAGCCAUGGUUCUUGGGAACAGCUUUUUCUUCAUCAGCUUGAUAACUUAGCUAAUGUGAAUGCAAAGUCUUUGCCCAGAGAGAGCUUUCAGACUCAUGUACAUGAACGGGGGGCCAAUUCCUGGUCACAAAAGGAGGAAGUUUGCCUAGAGGAAAGGCAAAUAAGGGGUUUAAUUCUUCCUCUUCCCACUUAAAUCAGGCAUACACUAUUACUUUACCAGCUUGUAUGCAGCUGCAGUGCGUGCAGGGAGAGGAUCAUUAUUCCAGUCAUAAUAUCUUCUAGCUACUUCCAACACCACUGAAAGAAAGCUUAAGAUGACGGCUGCAGGUGCACAGCAAGUAGCUUUUCUCUGCAAUGGUUUCCUAACAUCAGAUCAAAUCCUGCACUCUUUAGUCAAUGGGGAUUUAACCUGAGUAAAGAGUGUAGGAUUUGUCCUUGACAUUUCGUGAUACCAGCCUCCCAGCUCUGUGCACUUAGGGGUUCUUUUGUGUAGAUGACCUGCUCCAAGAUCAAAAGGAAGAUCAUUAGCUGCCUUUGUGGCACUGUCCUCCAGACUCCAGGGGGAGCAUGUUGUAGAUCUGUUCCACAUCAGGAGAGAGAGAAAGGAAAAUGGGUCAGCUGAGGGAAUGCAUGUUGUUCCCUCUCAGUCUCUUGGUGAGUCCCAGAAAAACUUAAAACAUAGCUUGGAGUUGUAUUGCCAUUUCUACAGAACCCUUCCAACUCCUUGGGUGUGGAAGCAGCUGUAACAGGGAGGAAACCCUGCAGCUGGUAACAAACCAGGAGAGCCCCAUUCAGCCAAUGAAGAGAGAUGGGGCCUCCUACAGGUUCCUGGUCAUCUGUCAGGUUCAGGGCUGGUCCUGUGGCCUACCCUGAUGGAGGGCAGAACCCACUCUUGAUAGAACAAUGGAAGAGGACCAUUGGAUCCUUGUAGCAAUUUCCUCCCCCAAGGUCCUCUUCCAUGGUAAGAAUGAUCCAGCCCUCAGCUAUGAGCAAUGAAUAGGAAAAGGAUAAUGUAUCUUUCAUAUGUAACACAUUCAUUGACAAUAGGGAUCAUAAAAAGCAGAAUGUUUAUCAAGCCAUAUUUUACUUGCAUUUAUAAUCAAGACUACAGUUAUUUUCUUAGUGGAAACAAACAGAAUUACUGGAAAUGUAAAGGGCUUUGCAGCUGUUGAGGAAAGUGACCCCUUUUCCAUAGGUUUGCCUCAGUGACGAGUACUUUAACAAUGCAUGUGAUAACUACUCUGGCACUUGUUGGCCAAACCCAAACCGCAGAUUUGUGUGUGUAAUAGCUCAAAACCAUGCAGUACAAAUGUACAGCACCCCAAAAUAAAAGUAUAGACUUUGUCCUUAAAACAGAUGCAUUAGACUUACAAGUCAUUCUCUGCAGUGACUGUACAGACAUCUUGAUGGGAUGAGGCCGCAAACUUCACAACUGUCCCCCAUACAAUGAAAUCUUGCACCUUGCAAACUUUCGUGUCAGCACAAGGCCUAAAAAGCAUAGAAUAACUACAAUUCCACUGUACAGGAGCUUACAGGCUGCAGAGUGGGAUUCUGGCUCCCUUUGUAGCUCACAACAGGACUGUAUCAUAAAUAUUUCAACUCUAGUAACUGGUGGCCAUGUGACCUUUGUUCUUUCAUACACAUUCUUAGUAGGAAUCUUGAAACUAUGAUUUAAAAAAAAAAAAAUUUCCUUCAUCAAAAAAUUACCUUUCUACCAAUGAUCAUUAUAUUUUUGGGGGGAAGGGGAGAUAGCACAAAAUGCUUUGGACUCCUUUGUUACGUGUUUCCAACAAGGAUUGGUGCCAUUUACAGCUCCCAUUAACAGUCUGCAAAGCAAAAUGCAAGGAUAUAAAACACCAAAGCAAUAAAUGCAGUGAUUGAGGUUAGAGUCCUGCCUAAUAAAGAAUGAGCUAUACUGCUGCUAUAGUACAUGACAAAAAUGCGUGUGUGUGUGGUGGGUGGGUGGGUGUUCUGUCUUGGAGGAAUUCAGUACUAAACUAGGUAGAAAUUGGUUUGUGAGUGAUCUUGGUCUCCACUGACUAUCUCUGUGCUCGUUAGGAAUCCCAUUGUUGAGCACAGGACCCCAUUCAGCCGUUAGCUGAGAGGUGGUCAUUUCUGUGAAGAGCUUU